UCUAGCCGCCGUUCCUCUUCUCUCCAACUUCAGUCACGUUCAUUCUCGAUCCUUUUCUUCUUCCUUUUCUCAUCACUUUCGUGUGCUUCAUCCUUUUCUUCUUCAUCAAAUUUGUCUCAUCACACCACCUAUGUUCAAUGUAGGGGUGUGCAAAAAUGUGGUUAACUGAAUUGUAUCCAUAAACUGAACCAAACUGAAUCACAAAAAAACUGCUCCAUAUUAAAUGGUUUAUGAAUUGAACCAUAAAUUUAAUAUGCUUUGUCCUCUUCUCCUUCAUCUAAUCUCUUUUAUUUGCUUCAUCAUCCUAUCAUUUUCAUUGCUUCAUCAUCCUCUUAUUUUCGUUGCUCUAGUUCUUAAUCAUCUUCAACAAGUCUUAUUUGUCGAGUAGAGCAGUUUCAGAGACGAAUCUUAACAUCUUGUUUCAAAAAAUCAAAGAAAACAAAAUUAAAAAGGAAGAAAAAAGGGAAAUCUUGAUACCGUCCGGUUUUCAUAAACCGCGUACGGUUCACCUGUUUUUCCAGUUUUCACCGGUUCACACAGGUUUUUCUAGUUUUUUACCGGUUCUGAAGACUAACGGUUUUGGAAGAUUGCCCGGACCGGAGCUUGGUCUGGUGCACGGUCUAAGCGAUGAACCGGGCGGUCCGAUUUUGUAAACAUUGACUGUGACAUACAAGGCUGGUCGUGGAAGAUAGAUACCGAAACAAGGCAAUUCGUAGUUAACUCAUAGAGGCUCUAGUACUUAUAUACUAGUUGUGCUUUAUACUGGUCGUGGAAGAGAUUGAGAAGGUCAGUGGUUACUUUGGGUUAGGAUUGAAAUUUGCAAGCAAAGUUCGAUUCUCUUCAUCUCGUGUCGAUGAAGAAGAAAUCAGCGGCUGCAACAAAUGCAAAGGUGCACAAUUAUAUAUCAGACGAUAUUUCCUUCACAAUUCUAUCCAAACUCCCUCUUAAAUCUUUGAACCGAUUUCGAUGCGUUCGUAAAUCAUGGUCACUCUUAUUUGAAAACCAACAUCUCAUGAACAUGAUCCGCAAAAAUUUCUUAUGUAAUUUGAAUUGUUGUUCUUAUUACGACCAAGCAUCUCUCCUCCUGAAAUACUUGGAUGAAACCCACAAAGAUAUUUUGUAUUCUCUUUCUCAUGAGAGGUUUGAGAAUAAAGUAAAAUUAGAUUGCACAAAUGUAAUCGAUCACCUAUAUAUUUUUCGUAUCUUUGGUCUUGGCAGUAUUAAUGGCAUUGUUUGUGUUCAUGCAAAUUGUGGUGCAAUUGUAUUUUGGAACCCAGCUACCCAAGCAAUAAAACUCAUUCCUCCUAGUCCUCUUGAGUUGGUUGAGUUGCCUAUCCCUGGUGUUGCUAAGGAAUUCGUUAAUGUUGAAGCUUUUACUUAUCUUCAUGGAUUUGGUUAUGAUAGUGUUAUAGAUGACUAUAAGGUUAUCUGUCUUGUAUCUUUUGAUAUCCAAGUAGAAUUGGUAGAUACAUUUUCAGACUCCUUAUUGGAAGAUAUAUACUUGGAUGAAUUAUGGGAGAUAUAUAGCCUAAGAAGUAACUCGUGGAGGAAACUUGAUAUUGACAUGCCAUCUUCUUCUUACUGUAUAGAGGGAACCCAAGUCUACAUGGAUGGAGUGUGUCAUUGGUUGUGUGAAGAGAAUACCCCUGCUGGACCAUGUUUAGUAUCAUUUUACUUGAGAAAUGAGGUGUUCUGUAUAACACCCAUACCCUCGGAUGAAGAUGACUGUUUUAAAUUUAAAGCUUCAUCGAUAAAUUUGGUGUUAUUAAAUGGUUCCAUUUCCUUGAUCGCGUUUCAUCGGGAGACUACUACUUUUGACAUAGCAAUUUUGGGUGAACUCGGCAUUAAGGAAUCGUGGACCAAACUCUUCACUGUUGGACCGUUGUCUUGCGUUGAGCGUCCUAUCAGAGUGGGGACGAAAGGGGAAAUUUUCUUCCAAAGGAAAGAUAAUGAAUUAGCUUGGUUUGAUCUAAGUACCCAAGUGAUUGAAGAGCUUGGUUAUAAAGCAAGGGGUCCUUAUACUCGGAUAUCACUAUACAAGGAAAACAUUCUUGCCAUUGAAGGAAUAAGUAAUUAAUUAUUUUUCAUGUUUUCACCAAGAGGUUGGUUAACCAUCCAAAUUGGAUGGAAUUUUUUCAGUUAUGUUGAUUAUCAUUGUAUGAAUCUUAGCCAAUACCAAUGUCUGAAAGCUUGUCUUUAGCCAAUACCAAAUUACGGAUCGUCUGAUAAAUCUAAUGCUAGAAAUUAAUUUUUAUUUUUAUUAUAAAAGAAGCAUGGGAGAAUUACUAUGUUAUUGACAAUACAAAGUCAAGGAUGCAUGGGAGAGUUUAUUUUUAUUUUUUGUGUUGUCAUUUCACUUUGCACAAAAAAGUUGUGUCAAUGGAAGGAAAUGCUAAAUUAGGACAGCUAGCACCAUGGGUGGAUGCACCCUAAAGCUUGGUGUGACAAAUUUUUUGACACGCCACACAAAAAAAAAAAAUUAGUCAU